AGCAGACGCAUUUUGACGCCAAGAACGAAGCCACGUUCAGUGUUUAGUUGCGAGCAAGCACUUUAUUGAUUUUUGCCCGAGUGCGUUUUGAAUUCUCUGUGCCGUCGCCAUGUCUGGACGAGGAAAGGGCGGAAAAGGACUCGGAAAAGGAGGUGCCAAGCGUCAUCGUAAGGUUCUUCGCGACAACAUCCAGGGGAUCACGAAGCCAGCCAUCCGCCGUCUUGCCCGCCGUGGCGGCGUGAAGCGAAUCUCCGGUCUCAUCUACGAAGAAACCAGAGGUGUGCUGAAGGUGUUCCUGGAGAACGUCAUCCGUGAUGCGGUCACUUACACGGAGCACGCCAAGAGAAAAACGGUGACUGCCAUGGACGUUGUCUACGCGCUCAAGCGACAGGGCCGGACCCUGUACGGUUUCGGCGGCUGAAGUACUCGCAUGCCUCGGAUGGCAGCCUUUUCUGUCUGGACUUUAUUAUCUUUUGUGUAUAGUCUCGCAGUGAACCUUUUGUGUGAACUCUCCCGUUUUUAACCACGUUCGCGUCAUCCACAGCGUCAGUGCCGGAUUUUUUUCAAUAUGGCCGACUUCAAAACAAAAGGUGGAAGGAAAGUGAUAGCCGUUAAGCCUGUCAGUGCUAUCACCGGUAUUUCUUUUGUGUUCAUGAGUGAAUAAAAAUUGCCAUCGUCACCUUGGAAA